AAUGAAUCGUAGAUGUCCGUCUACGUCCUUAGAGAGCGGCUGAGGAGCCGAAGGCAAGAGGUUAAGUAUGCUGCAAGCCUCCUCUGUUGUGUUCUCCCAAGCCACUGAAUUCGCGAUUCUUUCAUCCAAACAUUCUUUUCUUUGACCAUGCCACCACGUCUCUCUUUGCCUUUGGCUUCUUUCGUUUUGUUGUACUCGGUCGCUCGAGCUCGGCCUAUCAAUGAUGCUCUCCUGGACGAAUAUGACUAUGUUGUUGUCGGUGGAGGUGUAAGUGGUCUCACUGUUGCCAACCGUCUUUCCGAAGAUCCAGAUGUAACGGUUCUCGUGCUCGAGGCCGGCCCCUCGCCUGAAAACGAGGAAUGGAUGACGGUGCCCUACUUUGUCGGAAACAACCCCAACCCAAAGGAAGGAUCCUUGUCUGCUCAUGAGCAAUACGAUUGGAACAUCGGAACCGAGCCGCAGACCUACCUGGACGGGCUUACCAGACACUACCCGCUUGGACGUGGUGUCGGUGGUGGAAGUUUGAUCAACGGCAUGCUCUGGAACAGAGGCAACAAUGGAGAUUGGGACGACUGGGCGGCACUCGGCAACGAAGGCUGGGAUUGGAAGGGUGUUCUGCCAUACUUCCAGAAGAGCGAGAGGUUCACGCCAGACUUUUCAGCCCAAAAUUCCGAGCAGUAUUCCAUUAUUGCGGACAACAAUGUCCACGGCACCAAUGGUCCCGUCAACAUCAGCUACCAAGGCUACUUUUACAGCGCCACCCAAAACCUGUUCAAUGGACUGAACGAACUUGGGGUCCCGACGAGCACCGACUGCGCAGCUGGCGACAAUGCUGGUACUGCCUUCUUGCCACUGGCAAUCGAUGCCGAGGGCAAGUCGCGAUCUCAUGCCAAGAGGGCUUACUACGACCCUGUUGCGGGCAGGGACAACCUUUUCGUUUCAAACGGUCAGUUCGUGACUCGCUUGAACAUCGAGGGUACGGAGCAGCCCGAGGAUGAGCCUACAGUCGAUGACAAUGCCGAUGGCCAAGGUACCCAGGCCGGUCCAAGUGAUCCAUUCCACGUAUUCAACUUCAUUCCCUCUUUCGACUCUUCCUGGAAGUCGCGUGUGCAUGGUCCCCAGGGCCACGCCAAAAACGGCCGUCAACGCCCCCACAUCAAGCGUAAUAGCAACCGCAAGAGGGACCUCCCCAAUGUCAAAAUCAGCGGUGUCGAGUACGCGGCCAGCGCCUCAGCCCCUCGUUACAAUAUCACUGCGCGCCGCGACGUCAUUCUCGCUGCCGGUGCUGUUCACACCCCUAUCCUGCUUCAGUUGUCUGGCAUCGGAGACCAGGACUUUUUGUCUGCCUACAACAUCUCCACGGCGGUUGAUCUCCCUGGUGUCGGUAACAACUACCAGGAUCACUUCAUGGUCACUACCAACUAUCCCUGCCAGAGCACUGCUUAUCACGGUCCUAUCUUGUACGGCGCCAACUCAACAUACGAUGAGAUCAACCGCGCCGAGUAUUACAGUAGCAGUACUGGCGUCUGGACUGCCGGCUCACCCAACGGCGUCGCCUUCCCAUCUCUCAAGUCCAUGACGACCAACUACACGGUCAUCUCGGAUCAAGCCAAGGGCCAAGUCUACGGCGAGCACCUCCCCGGAGGUCUCGACGACACUGUCGUUGCAGGUUACAACCGCCAAAAGGAGCUCUUAUUGAGCGCGCUCAACAACGAGAAUCGCGCCCAGUUCGAACUCCUCAACGACAACAACGGCCACUUUACCUACUCUGUUAUGAAGCCCUUCACGCGCGGCCAGGUCCAGAUCCGCUCCCGCAACCCCUUCGACACCCCCUCCAUCGACCCACGCUACGGCGCGAACCCUGUCGAUCUGCAAUACCUGGUGGAGGCCCUGCGAUUUAACCACCGCCUCAUCCAGACGCCGUCUAUGCAGGAGCUUCAACCCGGCGAGUCGUUCCCAACCGCCGCGCAGUUGAACGAUGAUGCCCAGUUGUUGAACUUGGUCAAGGAAGCUAUCUACACCGAGUACCACCCCAGCGGCACUGCCAGCAUGCUUCCUCUUGAACUCGGUGGUGUUGUCGAUGCACACCUGAAGGUCUAUGGAACACAAAAUCUCAAGAUUGUUGACGCGAGCAUUUUCCCACUCAUCCCGGCCGCGCAUCUCCAGGCUUGCGUUUAUGCUGUUGCCGAGAAGGCUGCCGAUAUUAUCAAGGCUGAUAAUGCGCGUGAGGCUGCUGCUGGCAAUGGUGCUGCUUCCAGCGCUGCUUCUAGUAGCGUUUCUGCUAGUACUGCCCCGGCUAGCAGCGCUCCUGCUCAGCAAAGCUCUUCCGCCCAACCAGGCUCUUCCGCACAGCAAAGCUCGUCCGCUCAGCAAAGCUCGUCCGCUCAGCAAACCCUUCCGCUCAGCAAAGCCCUUCCGCUCAGCAAAGCCCUUCCGCUCAGCAAAGCCCUUCCGCUCAGCAAAGCCCUUCCGCUCAGCAAAGUGCUUCUGCUCAGAGUUCUGCUCAGAGUUCUGCUCAGAGUUCCGCCCAGAGUUCGGCUCAGAGUUCGGCUCAAAGUUCCGCUCAAAGUCCUUCUGCCAGCAAUACUUCGGCUAGCAGUGCUAAUACCGAGAGCACUCCCGCUCCUAGUGCUUCUGCCCAAAGCUCUGCUGCGAGCAGUGCCCCGGCUAGUAGUGUCUCGGCUCAGAGUUCUUCUGCACAGAGUGCUGUUUAUCAGAGUGCUUCCGCUAGCAGUGCUCCGGCUAGCAAUGCUCCGGCUAGCAGUGGCAAUGCUCCCGCCCAGAGUGCUCCCGUUAGAAGUGCUGCUCCGGGUCAGAGUGCCUCUUUUUACAACGCCUUUGUGAAAAGCGCUUCAGCUGCCAGCGCCCCAAUUGUCAGUGCCUCUGCCUACAGCCCUCACAUCGAAAGUGCUUCGGCGGCCAACGUACAGGGAAUCAGCGCUUCGGAACGGAA